UGUCCUUGGGUCGUCAGGGCGUUAUUAACAGACAACAAAAUACAUCAAAGAGCACACCAUCGGGUCUUCUGUAUGGUAUCUAUUUUUCCAUCCUCGUUUUCUUCGCUACGGGCCAAGAUAGGUCUUAUACUUCCAAAUGACGACAACAUCACGGCACGAUGGCCACACAACCACGUCACAGGCCGAAUUGAAUGAAUCAAAAUGACAUAUGGCACGCAUUCUCCCUGAAAAUUCUUCUUUCUCCUCUUUCCCAUCAUCCUCUCAACACCAUCGAGAAAAUUCUAUCUAGCAUCAACAUUCAACAUGUCUUCGUUGAUAUCCAUCUCUCUCCUGUCCCUCGCUCUCGUCCAGUCUACGAGGGCAUGCGAGGUCCUCACAGAGGUCUCGCACACCUUCUACGGCUACCCCGACAACGACCCUCCCGGUCCCGACAUCCUCUAUGACUGUGGUCGAGGCAACAUAGCCGGCGGAGUCGGCACCUACGACGACCCGCUCACCUUCGCCACGGGAACCGGCGAGUUCGAGCAGUGCGAGAUCAUCUACGUGCCCUAUUUGCAUAAGUACCUGCGCAACGAGGACUACUGCGAGACCUGCGACAAGAACUGGGACAACGGCAUCUGGCACAUCGAUGUGUGGACUGGCUCGGCGGACCUUAACGGCAUGGAGGGCCAGAUCCAUUGUGAGAACUCUCUGACUCCACCACCGUUGUCGAUUAUUAGGAAUCCAGGGGAUGGGUUGCCGGUUGAUCAGUACCCGCUUUAUGAGGCAGAUGGGCGGGAUGCGUCGUGCAAUUUGGAUCAUGUUUCCGUGACAUUCGAUAGGGAGGAUUAUUGCUAG